GAUCCCUCAAAGGGAGAGGAUGGAAAGUGUUUCACUGGUAUAACUGCUGUCUCACCCCAUGUGUCCCUGCACUGCUGUCUCUCUCCCGGGACGUUGCUUCAUGAUAAGAGUCAUCAAAACAUACUGGUUGAGUCUCUGAAGGCCACGUGGGGACAUUAUAGUAGGACACAGUGUGGAAGAAUGUGUAAGGCUGGCACAGCACAAACCCAGGCUGAGUAGGAGUGUGAGCCAACUGCAUGGAAUGAGGGUCACUGACUGAGCUCACAAGCCUUUUGAUUGGUUGGAUGUGGGAAAGGCUUCUCUGUGAUUGGUCAUCUUCUCACCCACCUCUGUGCUUGUACUGGAAAGAAUAGGUUUUACCUGCAGAGACAGGAGGAUGGACACCCAGGGGAAUCAUUUGGCCAAUAAGGAGUGUGGGCAGGACUUUGGUACUGAGCCCAGUCCUCUCACCGGUACUGAAUGUGGGGAAACAUCAUCUCUAACCAAAGACUGUCAGGGGCAAAGAAACCUUUCUACAAGAAAAAAACCCUUUGAGUGCACAAAAUGUGGGAAAGGCUACAUCAGUAGGAUUGCCCUACUCACUCACCAGAAAAGUCACACAGUGGGGAAGCCUUUCACUUGCACAAAAUGUGGCAAGAGUUUCCAUCGAAAAGCCAGCCUUCUCUGCCACCAGCGUGUCCACUCAAAGAAGAAACCUUUUACUUGUAACGAAUGUGGGAAACGCUUCUCUCAAAAAAGUUUACUUGUCAAACAUCAGAAAACUCACACGGGGGAGAGAAAUGUCACUUGUCCAGAAUGUGGGAAAACUCUGUCUUCCAGUGGCAGCCUUCAUAAUCACCUCAAAAUACACACAGGGGAGAAACCAUUCACUUGUACAGAAUGUGGCAAAGGCUUUACUCAAAAAUGUUAUCUUAAGUCUCAUAUUAAAGUACACACAGGGGAGAAACCAUUCACUUGCACAGAAUGUGGGAAACAGUUUGCACACAAGGAAAGCCUCUUAGGUCACCUGAAUCUCCACACUGGGGUAAAACCAUUCACUUGUUCAGAAUGUGGCAAAGGCUUUGCUAAAAGGAGUAGCCUUGUAUCUCAUAUGAAACUACACACAAAGGAAAAAAAAUUCUCUUGUACAGAAUGUGGGAAAAAAUUUGCACAGAAGGCUGGCUUGGUAUAUCAUCUCAAAAUCCACACUGGGGAAAAAUUGUUUUGUACAGAAUGUGGAAAAGGGGUUCGCAGUAAGAGCCACCUAGCAUCUCAUAUGAAAAAACACACAGGGGAGAGACCCUAUACUUGUUCAGAAUGUGGCAAAAGCUUUGCUCAAAGGAAUAACCUUGAUACUCAUAUGAAAAUACACACAGGGGAGAAACCUUUCACUUGUACAGAAUGUGGGAAAUGCUUCUCUCAAAAGAAACACCUUGAAUCGCAUAUGAAAAUACACACAGGGGAGAAACCUUUCACUUGUACAGAAUGUGGCAAAGACUUUGCUGAAAAGCGCACCCUUUUAUCUCAUAUGAAAACACACACAGGGGAGAAACCAUUUUCUUGCACAGAAUGUGGGAAAAACUUUGCGCACAAGAGCAGCUUCCAAAGUCACCUGCAAACCCACACUGGGGAGAAACCAUUCACUUGUACAGAAUGUGGGAAAGGCUACUUCAGCAGGAGCACCCUUGUCGCUCACCAAAAAUGUCACACACAGGGGCCUUUCAUUUGCACACAAUGUGGCAAGAGCUUUAGAGGAAAAAGCAGCCUUUUCCGUCAUCGGCAUGUCCACAAUAUCCACAAAACAUUUUCUUGUAAAGAAUGUGGUAAAUGCUUCAAUCAAAAAAGGCUCCUUAUCGGGCACCAGAAUACUCACACGGGGGAGAGAAAUGUCACUUGUCCAGAAUGUGGGAAAACCCUGUCUUCUAGUAGCAGCCUCAAUACUCACCUUAAAAUACACACAGGGGAGAAACCAUUCACUUGUACAGAAUGUGGCAAAGGCUUUGCUCAAAAUAGUACCCUUGUAACUCAUAUGAAAAUACACACGGGGGAGAAAGCGUUCUCUUGUACAGAAUGUGGAAAAAGUUUUACACAAAAGGACAGUUUAACCCGACACCUGAGAAUCCACACAGGGGAGAAACCAUACUCUUGUACAGAAUGUGGGGCAAAUUUCAGUCACAAAAGCAGCCUCUUGGAUCACCUGAAAAUUCACACUGGGGAGGCACCAUUCAUAUGUACAGAAUGUGGGAAAAUCUUUCAGCAGAAAAGCAGCCUUAUCACUCACUUUAACAUGCACACAGGGGAGAAACCAUUCACUUGUACAGAAUGUGGUGAAAGCUUCUAUAAAAAGAGUCUACUUGUUGCUCAUCAGAAAAGUCACACCAAGCAGGAAGGUGCCAAUUCUACAGAAUGUGGGAAAAGCAUUGAUCAAGAAACCCAGAUUAUCAGCCAACAAAAUAUUCGGGUUAAACCUUUCAUCUGUACAGAAUGUGGCAAACAUUUAACUAGCAAGAGAUCACUAUCCGCACACCAGAAAAUUCACAUCAGAGGGACACCGUACACAUGCACAGAAUGUGGCAAAAGCUACCUUAUAGAGCGCAGUUUGCUCAUUCACCAGAGAAUUCACACAGGGGAAAAACCUUUCACAUGUACAGAAUGCGGUAAAGGCUUUCGUCAAAAGGCCACCUUUCUCAGUCACCAGUACAAACACACAGGGGAGAAACCUUUUACUUGCACAGAAUGUGGCAAAGGCUUCCCUGGAAAGUCCAACCUGCGCGCUCACCAAAAGAUUCACAGUGGGGAAAAACCAUUUGAAUGUACAGAAUGCGGGAAACGAUUCAUUUCCUCGGGUUCUCUUAAGGCACAUAUUAGAGUUCACACAGGGGAAAAACCGUUUACAUGCACAGAAUGUGGGAAACAAUUCUCUACCUCAAACGAACUUAAAGUACAUUGUACCAUACACACAGGGGAGAAACCUUUCUCUUGCACAGAAUGUGGGAAAAGAUUUGCGUCCUCGAGUUAUCUCGGCGAACAUCGGAAAAUUCACACAGGGGAGAAACCUUUUGAGUGUAAAGAAUGUGGGAAAGGAUUUGCUAAACUGAAUGUCCUUCAUAUUCAUAGGAGAAUUCACACAGGGGAAAAACCAUUCACUUGUACAGAAUGUGGGAAAGGCUUUACUCAAAAGAAUCACCUUGUAUCUCAUAUGAAAAUACACACAGGGGAGAAACCUUUCACUUGUACAGAAUGUGGCAAAGGCUUUGCUCAAAAGAUUAACCUUGUAUCUCAUAUGAAAAUACACACAGGGGAGAAACCUUUCACUUGUACAGAAUGUGGCAAAGGCUUUGCUCAAAAGAAUAAACUUGUAUCUCAUAUGAAAAUACACACAAGGGAGAAACCAUUCACUUGUACAGAAUGUGGGAAAGGCUUUACUCAAUCUGUAGGUCUCCAAAAACAUAAGUGUGUUCACAAAAAAGAGAAGAAACCUUUAAUGUGUACAGAAUGACAGGAAUCUUUUUUUUUGUUUGUUAUUUCUUGUGCUGUACCGGGAAAUUAGGGGAACUGAAGGUCCUUAAUGUUUGGUCCUUGCGAGUUAGAGAAUUCCCAGUGCACAUUACAUUGCAGUAUUGAUUCAAUAGAGUGUAACCUCUGAUAAACAGGGCCCUCUAAUAUCAGUGAGUAUUUGUAUGUAAUUGUAUGAUUGAUGUGUACACCCUUCUAUUAUAUGGCCCUGUUGAAUAUACUGGUGCUUUAUAAAUAUGUGUUAAUAAACAUUUUUUGCAAGUCUA